AUGGAAUUAAAAAAAAUUGUCAAAAAUUCAAAUGAUAAUUAUAACUACAGUGAUCAAAACAAAAAAACUACAAAAAUUGAAAUAAAUGAUAAAGAAGAAUUUAGAUACAUAAAAAAAGGUGAAAUAUUACAAAGUAAUGAAAUACAAGAAGAAAAAGAUGAAUUCGGUAUUACAUUAUAUGAUAAUGAAAUAAAAUAUAGUGAUGAUAUACAAACAAUUGUGAAAAAAGUAAUAAAUGGAAAAAACAUUGAUUUUUAUAAAAAAUACUCUUCAUAUCUUUUGUACUUAAGUAACGAAAUGGAAAAUAAUGAGAUAGACGAAAAUAAAGCGAAUGAUGAUAAUACAAAGACAUUUUUUAAAAUUAAGUUGAAUCCUCAAAAUAUGUGCAUAAUUUAUAAUGUAGUUGAUAAGAGAACAAUAGAAAAAAUAUUAUCACUGUGCAAUAAUAAAUAUAAAAAAAGCAAAACAUCAAUUGGAUAUAUAACAGAUAAACAAGAAAAUUACAAAAUAACCAAUUCAUUAAAUAGAACAAGUUCAACUGUUUUUUUAUAUACUAUAAGAAGUCGUUCAAUAAUAGAAGAAAAUCAAAUAGAAUGUGACAGCUCGAUCGUAUAUACAAAAGACGAAAGUAUAAUAGAACUAGAAAAUACAAUAUGUAAUCUAGUUAAAAUACCAUUAUGUUAUCUUGAACCAUUAGCAAUAGUUAAAUAUGAAGAAAACAAUUAUUUUAAUUUGCAUCAUGAUGGCUCAUUUAGAAGAGCAACACUUUUAAUUUAUUUAAAUGAUGUUAAUAAGGAUGGAGAAACAGUUUUUCCUUACUAUAAUUUAUCUAUUAAACCAAUUCAAGGAUCUGCAAUUUUUUGGUAUAAUAAUAUACCCUUAGAAGAUGAAUAUGCAAUUACUUAUUGCAUAAAUAGAAUAAAAAAAAUUGACGAAAAAGAAAAAUUAAUAUGUGAACAAAAUUCAGAAGGAAAAGACAACACUUAUUCUAUCAAUGAUAAACAAAAUAUAAAAAUUUCUUGUUUUUCAAAAACUGAAAAAUCUUCACUUCAUUUGCACAAUGCUACUGAAGACAAUUUUAUAGCUAAAAAUUUAUCUGUAACAGAUAGUAAUGAAAAUAAAAAUUACAUUAAAAAUACAGUAGACUUAAUUAAUUUUCUUAACGAAAAAUCCAAUUUACAAAAAUAUUCCAUUGAUUUGGUGAAAGAUGAACUCGGUAAUACUUACAUUUCAGAUAUGACCAUGAUCCACCAAGCAAAUAAAGUUACAAAAGAAUGUAAAUAUGUUAUUAAUUGUUUUUUUAAUAUAAAUAUAGUUAGAAACGUUUAA